CUGCCAGGCCCCAUGACAGGGGGACAGCUGCAGCUCCUCCUCCAGCUAUAAAAAACUCUAGUGCCCCAUCGAGCAGAGGACAUCCAGGGCACCCAGUGGGGACUCAGGAAGCUCAGCUUGAGCUAUGCUGAGGUUGGCCUCCACCACGCAGCUGCUCCAAGCCCCCCUGAGGUGCUGGGUGCUUCCCAAGGCCCACGUCUCUGCCAAGCCAGCCAGAACCCCCACCUCCCCUAUGGAGCAGGCAGUGGGGAUCUCAGCCAUAUUCAUCAGCUUCCUGGUUCCUGCGAGCUGGGUCUUGACCCACCUGGAGGGCUACAAGAAGAGCUCCGUAGCAUGAAGGCCUUACAGACCCACAGGGCACAGCCCUGAAAGAUCACAUUAAACCCCCUUCCACCUGC